AUGUGGCUAUUGACACUGAUCUCUGUGAAUCAGGGCGCGCCUGUUGGACAGACGCUGAACACCUUCCAAUCAGAGAGGAAGGAGUGGUCGCUGAACCACCUGACUGUGCAUCGGUCCACCGGGACGCUGUACAUCGGGGCCGUCAACCGAAUCUACAAGUUGUCGGCUAACCUCACCCUCCUGGUGACCCACGACACGGGCCCGGAGUACGACAACAAAGCGUGCUACCCUCCCCUGAUCGUCCAGCCCUGUUCUGAGCCUCUGGCCUCGACGGACAACGUGAACAAACUGUUGCUCGUCGACUACUCGCACAACCGGCUGCUGGCCUGCGGGAGCCUCUACCAGGGCGUCUGCAAGCUGAUGAGGCUGGACGACUUGUUCAUCCUCGUGGAGCCCACGCACAAGAAGGAGCACUACCUGUCCAGCGACAACCAGACGGGGACGAUGUACGGCGUGGUCGUGCCCUCGCAGGGCCAGGACGCCACUCUGUACGUCGGCGCGGCCGUCGGUGGCAAACAGGACUACUUCCCAACCAUCUCCAGCCGCAAGCUGCCUCGUGACCCCGAAUCCUCCGCCAUGCUGGACUACGAGCUUCACACCGACUUUGUUUCCUCUCUUAUCAAAAUCCCCUCGGACACACUCGCUCUCGUCCCACACUUUGACAUCUACUACAUCUACGGCUUCGCCAGCGGCAGCUUCGUCUACUUCUUGACCGUCCAGCCGGAGACGCCAGAGAACGGGAUGCCCGCCGGCGGCUCCCCCGGCGACCUGUUCUACACCUCUCGGAUCAUCCGCCUGUGCAAAGGCGACAAGAAGUUCCACUCGUACGUGUCGCUUCCCGUGGGUUGCGUGCACAAAGGCGAGGAGUACCGUCUGCUGCAGGCGGCUUACCUGGCCAAGGCCGGCAGGGUUCUGGCAAAGUCGCUCAACAUCAGCGCCCAGGAGGACGUGCUCUUUGCCGUGUUCUCCAAGGGGCAGAAGCAGUGCCACGACCCUCCCGAUCACUCCGCUCUGUGCGUCUUCACCAUCCAAGACAUCAACACGCGCAUCAAGGAGCGGCUGCAGUCCUGCUACCAGGGAGAGGGAAACCUGGAGCUGCACUGGCUGCUGGGAAAAGACGUGCAGUGCACCAAGGCGGUUAGGUGGCCCUUUUGA